AUGACUCUUACACGAUGCAACUUGUCUUUCCAGCUCAAGCGCGACAGUGCUUCAGAGUUGUCGGUGACCCCCAAGCGCGGAAGUGGCUUGCAACGAAGCAGAUCUUCAGGUCUUUCGUCCAUGGUGAAGAAUGAGCCGAGCCGUGUGAACGCAACUUGGGAUGUUCCAGCAAGGAUCAACAGACGAAGUCGAGCCACUGGACUUCUCAGCAACUGUUGUCAUCACUACUCUCCUUCGAAAUGUACCAAGGCAUGCUUGAUUGGUGCUGAUGAUUUGAAAUCGAUCACGGACAAGCUCAUGACCACACGCUUCGUUGGAACCAUUGACCCUGUUUACCAUUCCGAGUACCUGCGAGGCCCUGAAGAAACCUCCACGGCAGCCUGA